AUAAAAACCGGGUGCCUAGAGGAGGAGAGAUGGAGCCCCAGCUCCAGUCCCCUUUCCCACUCUUUCUCCCCGAAAGGCUGUCUGAGAUGCCACCUUCCACCUAAACAGCAUCUCCUCAGUUUUAAUCCUUAACUUUGGUCUCUGACUUCUGCUUGAUUCCACAAUCUCCACCCACAUUUGCAUGAAAGACCAUCACCUGUUCUUCCUGGAGUCUCUAAGGUUUUCCGCUUUCCUUCUGUCCUGAUGGCCAACUCUGCUAAGUCAGCCGAGAUGCCCACCCUCUCUGAAACACUUAACCCUACUCCUGAUCCUCAUCAAGAAUCUCUGGACCCUAAGAUUAUCAUUGCCUUAUUCGAAAUUGGAUCACUUUCCCCUUCCUUCUGGGGCUCUCUCGCUUCCCUAAAGAAUAGCAACCAUCAAGUCACAGAACAACAGACUGCACAGUUUAACAAUCUCUUAAAAGAAAUUAAAGACAUUCUUAAAAAUAUGGCAGGUUUUGAAGAGAAGAUCACAGAAGCAAAAGAACUUUUUGAGGAAACCAGUAUUUCUGAGGAUGUGUCAGCCCACAGAGAAAACAUGAGAGGACUUGGCAGAAUCAAUGAAAUGUUAUCAACAAACCUGCCUGUGAGUUUAGACCCAGAAAAAAAAGAGGAUGAAAAGAAACAGGAGAUGAUACUGGAAAACCAGAACUUCGAGAACACAGUACAAGUUUUUGCAAGAGAUUUGGUAAAUCGUUUAGAAGAAAAAAAUGUUCUUAAUGAAACUCAACAAAGUCAGGAAAACAGACUCCUUAGUGUUCAAGAAGAAACUAUGAAAAUUAGGAACAACAUGGAGCAGUUACUACAGGAAGCAGAACACUGGAAUAAACAACAUACCGAGCUCAGCGAACUGAUAAAAUCCUACCAUAAAUCUCAGAAAUACAUAAGUGAAACUCUCGGAAAUAAUGGAGUCGAUUUCCAAACCCCAACAAAUAAUCAAGCAUCAGCUAAGCAUGAGCUGGAGGAACAGGUGAAGAAACUGAGCCAUGACACCCGUUCAUUGCAGUUGGUGGCAGCUUUGCUAGAGAAUGAAUGCCAAAUCUUACAGCAGAGAAUAGAGAUUCUCAAGGAACUCCAUCAUCAGAACCAGGGAACUCUGCAAGAGAAGCCAAUUCAGAUAAACUAUAAACAGGACAAGAAAAAUCAGAAGCCAUCCGAAGCAGAGAAAGUAGAAAUGUAUAAGCAGAACAAGCAAGAAAUGAGGGGUACAUUUCAGAAAAAGGGGAGAUCCUGUAGAAGCCUGGAUGUUUGUCUUAAUAAGAAAGCUUGCAAUAACCAGUUCAAUAUUCAUGUUGCAAAAAAAGCUCUUAUGAGAAAAAAGAGGUCAGUUAGCAGCGUAAGAUAGAAAAUAUCAAAAGCAGAUGAAGAGGUGAAUCCUUAAAAAAUACAUCUGAUACAUCCAGCUUCAGGCAUGAUCAAUCAUCAAACCAUGGGCAGAUCUGCUGGUUCAACCAAAAAAAGAGCUACAGAAUAAGAAGAUGAACACUUAUAUUGCUUAUUACCUCAGCAAUUAUG